AUGAAGUUUCUUUGGAUAUUUCUUCUGUCGAAAGUUUGGCUUGCUUUUAGCAAGCAGAUCGUCAUCUCGAAUGUUGUUCCUCGAUUGGAUACAAAUGGAAAUAUUGUCAAUGCGCACGAUGGUUGUCUAGUGAAAUUCAAUAAAACUUACUUUAUGUAUGGGACCGUUUACGACCAAUGUCGUCAAUCGACAACAGUUUGUGAUGGUAUAUGUGGUUAUAUAAACAAUACAUUCUCUCUUUAUACAUCACCGGAUCUUGUUCAAUGGACAUUGAUCAGCAAUAAUAUUGUACCGGAAAUGAUGAAGGAUAAUUUACAUAUCACUUAUUGGAUGCCGAAUGUUGAUUAUAAUCCUCGAACGAAACAAUACGUCAUGAUUUAUUGGUCGAGCAGAUAUGGUUUCCAAAAUUCUCGUAUUGCAAUUGCUGUUUCAUCGACACCCUAUGGUCCGUUCGUUAAUGUUCAGCCGUUGGAAAUGCAAGGUGGAAGAAUAAUCAGUGACACGAUUAAUCUAUUCGUCGACGGCGAUAGUACAGCGUAUGUUCGGUACAAUACACGUGAUAAACCAUCGAGACAUAUCGUAGAAAAACUGUCACCAGAUUGGAUGGCAAGUACUGGACAAUCGGCAAUUAUCCUUGAAAAAGAUGAUUUUCCAUGGUAUGGUGGAGGUGGAAUGUUCAAACGAAAAGAAUUCUAUUACACGAUGUUAUCCUUCGAUUGUUGUUUUUGUCAAUGGGGUUCGGAUGCACGAAUCUAUCGCAGUACUAAGAUACUUGGAAAUUGGACGUAUCUCGGUCAAUUGAACUAUUGUGCUGAUGGAGGAGCUCCACCCGAACAUCUGAAAGACAUCACGAUCAAUCCGUGUUCAAUUGAUGAUCCAUAUGGAACAAAUUUCACAGUUCCUGCUCGUCAAAUAAAUGUCGCUACUUUGCCAAUAUCAACCGAAGAAACUGUACACUUGUAUUACGCUGAAAGGUACCGUUCAAGUAGAGACGGAAUCAAAGCUCAUGACUUUCAAACUUGGCUACCAAUUCAAUUCAUAGACACCUGUAUACAACCAAUGAGAUUCUUCGAUAAUUUUACACUCAAUAUCGAUGUAGAAUUUGAAAUGUAA